AUGGUGACCACGAGAAAUACUGUCGAAGAUCCUAAUGGAGUGAUACGGGCAUUGGAGUUGAGGAUGGAGGAAAUGCAGCGAAGACAUGAGGAGAUGCAAAAGAAACACGAAGAAGAGAUGGCGGCCGUACGGGCUGAGUGCCUAGCCCAGAUGAGGGAGCAGACCACCCAGGCGAACGGAGAGAAAGAACGAACCAAGCCGUUGGAAGACGAGGGAGAGGGGCAUAGCAAUGUUCGGAAAAACGAGAAUAACAAAGAUGGGGGGGAGAAAGGAGAAAGUGCCAUUCUGAUAAAGGACGAGACACCCUCCGUGCCGGUGCCCUUUGCGCGGGCGAUAAUGGAAGUGCAGAUACCCGAUAGGUUCAUUCCCCCGCAGUUCAAAACAUACAACGGGACGUCCGACCCCGAGGCCCACGUCAAAUCCUUCACAAAUGCAAUGGCGUUUCGUACCGGCUGCGAUGCCAUCUGGUGUAGAGCAUUCUCGUUGUCUCUAGAGGGAGAGGCGCUGGAAUGGUUCGACUCCCUUCCGGACGGCUCCAUAGAAAACUUCAAGGGAUUGAGCAACAUGUUUAAAAAUCAGUUUGCCGCCUGUCGGACGCAGGAAGCCACGAUAGUUGACCUGAUGAACCUCAAGCAAGGUAAGGAGGAGCCGUUGAAAGACUUCAUGGAUCGAUUCCAGAAAACCGUUCGGCGCGUGAAAGGACUCAGUACGGAGCUGGCGUUGCAGCAUGUCAUGCCCGGGUUACGUCCCGGACCGUUCAAAGACAGCGUGUGUCGGAAUCCCCCUAGAAGCAUGGAAGAACUACGUCAACGGACGGCAGACGAGAUCAGGGUGGAAGAUAUGAAACAAAGUUACCGAAAUGAACUUCAAGAAGCGAAGGCGGAGAAGGAAAGCCGCCGGGACAACCAAGGCGGCCGUUCCGGUGGCAAUAAGACCAGGGACGGACCGCGGAACCCACGAUUCCCGCAGUAUACGCAAUUAAACGCCCCCAGAGCCCGGAUACUGCAGGAAUCCCUCAGCACCCACGUAAUGCAGGUCCCGCAACAACGUCCGACACCCCCGGGAGCGGAUAACUCAAAACACUGUCUUUACCACCAGAACAUGGGUCACAACACUGAGGAUUGUGUGACGUUAAAGGACAAGAUUGAAGAAAUGAUCAGAGCCGGACUUUUACAGCAGUAUGUCAAAGGCCACCGACCGGCGGAAGAUCGGGCGGAGGGCGAAAAGAGGGGGUAUGUAAGACAAAGCUAUCCACGCGGGGGAGAGAAGAGAGCGUACACCAGGAGUCCUCCUCGGUCAGAGAGGAACCACCGAUCCUCUGACUGUUACAAUGAGUGGUACGCUGGGAACCGGAGGGAUGAAGGGAGAAGGUCGCGCAGCAGGAGCCAGGAUAGAGCCCGCAAUCGGCCAUUGAGGGGAGUUAUAAACACCAUCUCGGGGGGAUUCGCAGGCGGAGGACAGUCUUCGUCCGCUCGAAAACGAAGUAUCAGAACACUGCGGUCCAUUCACGCAGUAGAGGUCCCCAAAAGAACCAUGCUCCCCAUCACCUUCACAGAUGAAGAUUUCCACGCCCCCGACCCCGAACAAGACGAUCCCAUGGUCAUCACCGUGGAGAUAGCACGAUAUGAAGUAAGCAAGGUACUAGUAGACCAAGGUAGUUCGGUGAACAUCCUCUACUGGAAGACUUUCCAGCAGAUGGAUAUUUCGGAGGACCUCAUCGUCCCGUUCGGUGAGCAGCUGGUGGGAUUCGCUGGAGAAAGGGUAGACACCCGAGGCUACCUCGACUUAAGGAUUCGUUUGGGCACUAGCCGCUCCAGCGAGGAGAGGAAAGUUCGAUUUCUGCUGGUAGAAGCGAACACUUCCUACAACGCCCUGUUGGGGCGGCCAUGUCUCAACACGUUCGGCGCCAUAGUAUCCACCCCCACCUGA